CGCUUCCGCUGGGGCCGUCCCUAGCGGUAGAGAUGGCGGCGACAGCAACGGAGGCCGCGUCCUCGGCCCCUGGAGAACCCCGGGAAGAGGCUGAAGGUCCUGGUCCCGCCUGGGAUGAGUCCCAACUGCGCAGUUACACCUUCCCGACCCGGCCCAUCCCGCGUUUGAGUCAAAGCGACCCCCGGGCGGAGGAGCUUAUCGAGAAUGAGGAGCCUGUGGUGCUGACUGACACAAAUCUUGUGUAUCCUGCACUAAAAUGGGAUCUUGAAUACCUGCAAGAAAAUAUUGGCAACGGUGACUUCUCCGUGUACAGUGCCAGCACCCACAAGUUCUUGUACUAUGAUGAGAAGAAGAUGGCUAAUUUCCAGAACUUUAAGCCAAGGUCCAACAGGGAAGAAAUGAAAUUUUAUGAGUUUGUUGAGAAACUGCAGGAUAUACAGCAGCGAGGAGGUGAAGAGAGGUUGUAUCUACAGCAAACACUCAAUGAUACUGUCGGCAGGAAGAUUGUCAUGGACUUCUUGGGUUUUAACUGGAACUGGAUUAAUAAGCAACAGGGAAAGCGUGGCUGGGGUCAGCUGACCUCUAACCUGCUGCUUAUUGGCAUGGAAGGAAAUGUGACACCUGCUCACUAUGAUGAGCAACAGAACUUCUUUGCUCAGAUAAAAGGCUAUAAGCGAUGCAUUUUGUUCCCUCCGGAUCAGUUUGAGUGCCUCUACCCGUAUCCUGUUCAUCAUCCCUGUGACAGACAGAGCCAGGUGGACUUUGACAAUCCUGACUACGAGAGGUUUCCCAAUUUCCAGAACGUGGUUGGUUACGAAACAGUUGUUGGCCCCGGUGAUGUUCUUUACAUCCCAAUGUACUGGUGGCAUCACAUAGAGUCAUUACUAAAUGGGGGGAUAACCAUCACUGUGAACUUCUGGUAUAAGGGGGCCCCGACUCCUAAGAGGAUUGAAUAUCCUCUCAAAGCCCAUCAGAAAGUGGCCAUCAUGAGGAACAUUGAGAAGAUGCUUGGAGAGGCCUUGGGGAACCCACAAGAGGUGGGGCCCUUGUUGAACACAAUGAUCAAGGGCAGAUACAACUAGCCUGCCAGGAGUCAAGGCCUCCUGCCAGGUGACUGCUAGCCCGUCCACACCGCUUCAUUGAUGAGGACAGGAGACUCCAAGCGCUAGUAUUGCACGCUGCACUUAAUGGACUGGACUCUUGCCAUGGCCCUGGAGGCAGGUGUUUGGGGCAAGGCAGGGUGGUUGGCACUCCACUCCCAUUCGGAGGGACUUCUUACCUUGCCUCUGUGCCCCAGCACCUUCCCUCUCUGCCCCCUAAAGUCCUGCAUUCAGUGUGUGGAGUCCCCAGCUUCUGGUUGUCAUCAUGUCUGUGUGUUAGUCUGUCAACCUCGGGGUGUGUGUGCGUGUGUGUGCCUGCACACGUGUGUAUGUGUUUGUUCCUUGCUCCCUUCUCCUGGGUCAGGAUGCCACUUUUGGCUCUCGGCUCUGUCUCCUGCAACCUCAGUGCCUCAGCCUGAGAGAGAGGAGAUGCUCUCGGAUGCCCCCACAUCUGGGCUACAGGGCCACAGCUGUCCUGUCUGUGAGGUCGGUCUGCCCCCUCCCCGUUUUCACAGAGUAAGGCUCUAGGCUGGUAGAAGUGCUACGGGGACACUAAUGGGAGAAAGAGGGAGGGGGAGGCGUCCCUCUGAGAGCCUCAAUAGCUUCCUGGGAGAGCGCAUUAGGCAGGGUUCCAGCUUGGACCUUCAAGCUUAAGCCAUACACAGAAACGCGCCUUGGGACAAACGAACCAAGGAUUGUGCAGAACUUCCACAUUACAGGAGUUUUACAGACAACUUCUCUCUUUCAGCACCAGCUCUUGCUCUCUGUCCUGAGUGCCAGGGGAGUCCUCUAGCAAUGGCUUCUGUAGGUUCUAAGGGUGCAAGCCUUUUGUGGAUGUGUGUGUGUGCAUGUGUGUCUACACUGGCCUGCCUCUCUGCUUACCAAGUUUCUACUGCUUAACCUUGUCCAAUGGAACAUACAGCAGGAGCUCCAAGGCAGUACUGCCUGACCUGGUCUAAAGCUUUUAAACUCAUUUUUAGCCAUUGGAUAAUGGUCAGGCCUCACUGCAACAACCUGCCUGAGACUGGCUAGAGCCUCCAGGUCCUAUGACCCUCCCCGCCCAGGCCAAGUCCUCUGCUAUGUCUGUGGAGCUUCCUGGCUCAAGUAGACUAAGUGGGGUCAAGCCGAGGCAGCUAACUCACCACCUGUCAUCCACCUCAUGGCAAGGGCAAAAAUGUAGCCUUGCCUCUUGAAGCCAGCACCUCUGCCAGACCCCACUGUAAUGUUCCACAAACACCCUCACAAGUGAGGGCAACUGGUGGAGCAUGGAGUGGAAUUCCUUUUCUGUUUAUAGUUACUUGUGGGAACCCCUCUCAGGGCUGCAGCUUACAGCUGGGCCACUGGGCACUGCAAAACUCAAAGGGCCGUCAUUCACACCUGUGUGGUGGAAGUGGGGCCCUUGGAAUUGGGCAGUGUGGUGGCCCUGCGUCCUGUCACCUCCACUCCCAUCUCCACGCCCCUUCUCUUUGGAAGGAAAAAGGAGUUGGAAGUCUCUGGGUUCAUUUUUUUUUUUUUGCCAAAGGUUUACUUCCAGUGUCUGAGCUGUGGCUCUCACCCCCAGAGCUCAGUUUAUAGUUACAGUGCACUGAUGGACUGAGGAUGCCGCGUGUGUGUGCAUGAGCGCACCUGUGUGUAUUUUGGGGUGGGGUGUUUAUUUUUAGUACCCCAUGCUGGGGUUCUCUGAUGCAGUGUGGGUGUUCAAACACGGUACCUUCUAAAGUGUAGUUCUUUCAAAUAUAGCCAAUGCUGGAAAAUGUGA